ACCCGCGGCAAGCCAGGGGCUUUUUGCCUUAGUAAUAAGCGACUGGGCUUACCAACAACCAACAACCAACAAGCGCGGGCGCUUGGGCGCUUAACCGCGAUGCAGCAGCCACAACUUUAUGCAGGCUGAGACGGCUGGGCAAGUGCAUCCAUCCGGCGUCAUCUCCAGUUGCAGGGGCAGCAUCAAGACUAAUUGUCGAGCUGUCUACGCACGUACCUAGACAAUGUCUUCUUGAUACUGCUUGCACAGCCGCGUAACAAGCGGUUAUUCGUCACCUUUAUCCGCAGACCCUAAUUAGCCAUGUCGACGCUGAGGCGUGGGGCCUGCAACGUGAGACCCGUCGCGCCAAGCAGCGCCUGGACUUACUGGAGGCUGGGUUCUAUGUGAACGCCAGGGCCCAGGGCUCAGCAGUCACCAGUACACCACCCGACGGCCGAAACUCUCCCAAAGCCUGUAACUGAGAGAAUUAUCUCUACCUAAUUACCUUGCCAUUAAUAGCGCAUCUAUUAUAAGGUCAUUCCAAAGUCGCAUGCUUCGCCCGUUUGGAUCACCUGCAGCCAUUUGAUGCCGUAACUUGACUUUGGUGUCACGAUUGACUGGAGAGGAGGUUGCGGAUAGUGAUGGCACUUUGUCGCGUGGACGGUGGAAGUUGUUGGGCCCACUACGCACGGCGACCAACAAGAGAACCUCCGUCAUUCAGAUUGUUCGCCUUUGUUGCCAAUUGCUCAAGUCAAACUGGUACUUGUUGUGGCUGCGAAAGUGUCGUGCCAGGCGGGACUGCGCUUGUCGUGGCCCGCGGGAACGAAGUGGUGCCUAUGAAUUAUAACAUUGUACAAGUAACAUGUCGGUGAGAGUCAGUCUGCUGGCGCUUGUUGAUCUGCUCCGGCACCUGUGCAGUAAAAGCUCACAGUGGGGUUCUGGAGGAAGCAAAGAAGGAACCAACUGCAAUCGUCCAACUACCGACGGUGACAUUUUGCGUUGCGAUAGCGCUCACACCGGGCAGGUGGGAAAGAAAUGUGAGCUGCCAGCCACCCGUCGCGCCUUGCGUUGCAACGAAAGGACAGUGGACGGGCUACGAGGAGGCUCACAUCUCAGCUCGCAACCCCGGGGCCGAACUUCGAAGCAGCACUCCCUGUCGUGGGGAACCUGUCGGACUCGGGACCGCGAGGGUGGCGAGUCCAGGUCCGGCCCCGCCUACUCACCACUGUGACUCCAGGAGAUCAUCCAACUUGGCGACCGAGCGAAUGGUACACACCCAUCGUGGCAGCGUCGCAGUGUGACCCAAGCCUCCAACGUCAAGUGGAUAGCAGACGCACUGCUUCGUAGUAGCGUGGCUGGUGGGUAGGUAGGGCGCUCAGAUGCAGGUCGGAUGCAACAUUGCCAGGGCAAGGCAAGAUGGAGUUGUUUGCAAUAAAGCCCUGCUUAUGCGAAAUCCAGAGUGAUUGACUAGCUCGCAUUCGCAAAUCGAGGGGAGGAAGAUUUGAAUGUUCACUGCCGAAUCCUUUGUUUCGCGGAUAAGAGCCCUGCAGAGUGACAGCUGGGAGGGCUUGGCAUUUAAGAGCUGAUUGUUCGGUAGAAGCAGUGAAGAACAACUCAUGGAAGAUGCUUGGCUGC